AUGGCAGUGUCGCUGGCCAGCCUGGCGGCCACCCUGGCGGAGUCGCAGCUCAACUACGAGGCCAUCCGCCCCGACACCAAGGACGCCGUGGCGGAGGCUGUCUUGGGCUUCAAGCCCUCCCCGGCGCAGCUGGCGCUGAGGGUGAGAGAGCUAGUGGCGGCGGACCAGUUGGCGCCCGCGGAGAACCUCCUGGUGCGCUGGGGCCAGGAUGAGAUGACCGCCUGCUGGGCGGUGCUCAGUCGAGACGAGACAUCUUUGGGGGGCCAAAGCUCAUUGGACCUCUCUGUGAAAGCCUGCAACUACCCGCUGACCUUGGUGUUGCUGAAGUAUGUGCCAACAGACCUGAGCAAUGAGAUGAUCGCCCUGCUCAACGAGCCCAACCCCUUCACGGGGCACAGCCUGCUGUACGCGGCGGUGCUCUACUCGAACCGCCACACGGCCACGGUGGUCAACGAAUUGCUCCGGCGCAAGGCAGACCUCAACAGCCAGCGCCAGGGCGAGACUAUGCUGGUGAAUUGUGUCAGGCGUGCUGACCUCUCCUUGCUCCGGCGGGUGGUGGAACAUCGGGCGGAUGUGAACGUGAAGACCGCGAAUGGCACGACCUUGCUGCAGGUGGCGGUGGAACGGGGCAACCCGGAGAUUCUGAGCUUCCUUUUGAGCUGCUGUGAUGUGAAUGCGGUAGAUCGCAAUGGCAGCACUGCAUUGGUGUCUGCCCUGCGACAAGGCAAGCCGCCCUAUGAGCUCGCGCACAUGCUCCUGGACGCUGGCUGCGACCCCUCUGUGCCCGACGUGGACGGCAUCCAAUGCUUGCCUUAUGCCAUGGCGACACGGGAUGUGGCCAUCUACCAAGCGAUUUUGGAGCACAGAGGCGACCCCGACGCCCUGGCCGAGCCCCGGCGAGAUCGCAGUGCACCGAGUCGCAUGCUGCACGCGGCGGCGCAGGCGCACAAUGAGGAUCUGGUGAGGUGCCUCUUGGAGGCUGCUGCCACGGUGAGCCACACGGACGCCCGGGGCCGCACCAUUCUGCACAUGGCGCUGGGCCUCAGCUUCGCGGAGAAGACCGUAGAGAUGAUCCUGGAGCUUCAGGGGGACCCCAAUGCCCGGCAGGGGGACUUCCAGGGUGAGACUCCGCUUCGCCUCGCAGUCUUGAAGAAUUCCCCGGCGGUCAGCCUCCUGCUUCGCAUGAGGGCCGACCCCAACGGUGCCAACCUGGGUGGCUACUCCGCCCUCUUCGGGGCUUGCGUCUCUGGGAACCUGGACACCGCACGGACUUUGCUGGCCUUCCGGGCAGAUGUGGACAAUUUGGACCGGAAGUGGGCCCAACUGCUGGAUCCGCCGCGAGAGGUCAGCUUUGACGCAGUGGCGCCUAAGCACCGGGCCACGCUUUGGGCCCAGGCGCGGUAUCGACCCAGACGGAAGGCGCCGCGCGUGGAAGUCUCCGAGGAGCCCGUCGACUUGGAUGCACUGCCCUUUGCACUGCCACCCAUCGAGCGGCUGAAGCGAGUGGGCAGAACUCGGUGA